AUGACCUCGCAGUUGGGCGACAUUGUCGGUUACGUCGAUCAACUGGCCGAGUUGGAUACCGAAGGCGUGGAGCCGAUGGCCCAUGCGGUCGAUGUGGCGAAUGUGUUUCGCGCUGAUGAGGUUCGCCCCAGCUUGCCGCGCGAAGAAGCACUGGCAAACGCCCCCGAGGCCGACGGCGAGUGUUACCUGGACAACGCGGGUUACAUGAACAACGCGGACGUGCUCAACGCCACGGCGACCGAACUCCUCUCCUGGCUCGACGCUGGAGAGUGCACGUCGGUGGAAAUCACGCAGGCGUAUCUCGAUCGCAUCGCCGAGCACGACGAGCGAAUCGGUGCGUUUCUUCGCGUGAACAACGAUGCGGCCCUGGAGCAAGCGGCCGCGAUCGAUGCCCGGAGGAAAAAGGGCGAUUCGCUGGGCCCCUUGGCCGGGGUUCCCGUGGCGGUGAAGGAUUUGUUGUGCACCCGCGGCGAGCCGACGACGUGUGCUUCGAAGAUUCUCAGCGAGUUUCGUCCGCCUUACGAUGCGACCGUGAUCGAGAAGCUUCGCAAAGCCGACGCCGUCUUGAUCGGCAAGACGAACCUGGACGAGUUCGCCAUGGGUGGGUCGACCGAGAACUCGGCUAUGCAGCCCACGCGCAAUCCAUGGGACACCGAUCGCAUUCCCGGAGGCUCCAGCGGUGGGGCCGCGGCCUGUGUGGCGGCUUCGAUGGCGCCGCUUUCGGUGGGAACCGACACGGGCGGUUCGAUCCGUCAGCCGGCCGGGUUGUGCGGCGUGACUGGAAUGAAGCCCACGUACGGUCGAGUCAGCCGCUUUGGUCUGGUGGCCUUCGCCAGUAGUCUCGACCAGAUUGGUCCCUUGGCCCACACGGCCGAGGAUACCGCUCGACUGUUGGAAGUGCUGGCCGGACACGACAAGCACGAUGCCACGAGUCUCGACCGCGAAGUGCCGACCUACUCGCAAACCAUCGGGCAGCCACUGGAAGGACUGCGGAUUGGCAUCGUGCCGGAGCAGUUUGAGGAAGGUGUGUCGGAAGACAUCAAGUCUUCGGUUCGUGAGGCCCUGAAGGUUUACGAAUCGCUGGGGGCAACGGUCUCUGAAAUCAAGCUGCCGCACAGCAAGUACAGUGUGGCCACCUACUACGUGAUUGGGUCGUGUGAGGCUUCGAGCAACCUGGCCCGAUACGACGGGGUGCACUACGGCUAUCGCACCAGUUCGAAAGAGCCGACUCGCGAUGAGGGUGCCUCGGAGGCGGACAACGCUUUGGUGAGCAUGUAUCGCCGCAGUCGGGCGGAAGGACUGGGGGCCGAAGUGAAGCGGCGAAUCAUGCUGGGCACCUAUGCCCUGAGCGCCGGUUACUACGACGCCUAUUACCUGAAGGCGAUGAAGGUUCGCCGGCUCAUCCGUCAGGACUUCGACCAGGCGUUUGAACAGGUCGAUGUGAUCGCGGGGCCUGUCACGGCUACCACCGCUUUCAAAAUCGGCGAGAAGGUUGACGAUCCGCUGUCCAUGUAUCUGGUCGACUUGUUCACGGUGAGUGCGAACCUGGCCGGCAUCUGCGGGCUUUCGGUUCCUUGCGGGUUCGACGGUGCGGGGUUGCCGAUUGGGAUGCAGUUGCAGGCUCCGCCGCUGGCGGAGGCCCUCGCUGUGAGCACACCAUACGACAUUGUGAUUGGCCUGGAAGUGCACGUGCAGUUGGCCACCGAGAGCAAGCUGUUCUGUGGGUGCAGCACGAAGUUCGGUUCGCCCCCCAACACGCAGACCUGUCCCGUGUGCAUCGGCAUGCCUGGCUCGCUGCCGGUGAUGAACCGUCGGGCGUUUGAGCUGGCCCUGCGAACGGCCAUGGCGCUGAACUGUGAGAUCGCCCCGUUCACCAAGUGGGACCGCAAAAACUAUUACUACCCCGACCUGCCCAAGGGCUAUCAGAUUAGUCAGUUCGAUCUGCCUUUCAGCCACGACGGGUAUGUGGAGAUUGCCGAUCCGCAGUCGGAUGCCGAAUCGCGCCGCGUGGGGAUCAUUCGGGCGCACCUGGAAGAAGACGCCGGCAAGAGCAUGCACGACGAACAGGCUGGCACGGCCGAUAGCCGCAUCGACCUGAACCGCGUGGGCACGCCGCUGCUGGAAAUCGUGACCGAGCCGGAUAUUCGUUCGCCGGAAGACGCCAAGCUGUUUCUCACCGAGUUGAAGCUGCUGCUGACGUACCUCGGGGUGUCGGACUGCAACAUGCAGGAAGGCAGCCUGCGGGUCGAUGCGAAUAUCAACCUCCAUGUGCACGCCGAUGGGGAGAAGAUUCCCACGCCGAUCGUGGAAGUGAAGAACAUGAACAGCUUCCGCGCGGUGGAACGGGCGUUGGCUUACGAAGCCACGCGUCAGUUCGACGAGUGGGAAGAGACCGGCAAACGCAUGGGCGACGUGCCCAAGCAGACGCACGGCUGGGACGACGCGGCGAAUGUGACCCGACCGCAACGGUAUAAGGAAGAAUCGAGCGACUACCGCUAUUUCCCCGACCCCGACUUGGUUCCAGUCACUGUGACUGGGGCCGAGAUUGAAAGCGUUCGUCAGGGAUUAGGUGAAUCGCCGGCUGGGCUUCGUGCGCGGCUUCAGGCGGAGUAUGAACUCACGCCUUACGAUGCUGACGUGAUUGUGGGGCAGGGCCGCGAGUUGGUCGAUUACUUCAUCGAGACGGCCACUGUGGCUGGCAAUGCCCGCACCGCCGGGAAUUGGGUUCAGCAGUAUGUGCUGCGAACGCUGAACGAGAAGGACAUCGCGAUCGAUGCCUAUCCCGUGAGUGCGAAAGAACUGGGGCGGCUGAUCGAAAUGGUGGUGGCCGGCAAGCUCGACACCACCCGCGGGCGUGACGUGCUGGGCGAGAUGGUCGACUCUGGCUGCUCGGUCGAUGAGGCGAUCAAGGCUCGUGGGAUUGAAGAGGUCGAUGAGUCGACACUGGUCGAUCUGUGCCGCGAACUGUUGUCGAAGAACCCGAAGGUUGUUGACGACCUGAAGGAAGGCAAGCAGAAGGCCGUGGGAGCGCUGAUUGGUCAGGCCAAGAAGCAGAACCCGAAUGUGAACCCCGGCCGCGUUCGCGAAAUCUGCAUCGAGUUGGUCAACGAGAUGUAG